GCUCCGCCUUCCGGUUGGCUUGCGCGAACAGGGCGCAUGCGUACGAGUGCCCAGCGCUCUCUACCCGGGUGCUGGGUGCCGUCCCCGGCUAUGGGCUCACGGAGCGCCUCUUGGGAACCGCGAUCCGCGUUGGGAAGGGACGCGGGGCUGGCUGGUUGUAGAGAAAACCGUGGGGAAGGCAGGAUGACUGCGUGGGAAGGGAUGCACGCGUGGAGGGAGGGGUUGGCACAGCCAGAAAGGGGCUGAGCGGGUCUAGGAGGGAAUAAAAGCACGUGGAACGCGUUGUUCGUUGGGCUGCCAGCGCUUCGUACCAGAAUCCCCUCCCGUUCCAUCUCUAUUCCAGGCCCAUCCCAUCCCCACCCUUAUCUCUGCCUCACCUCCACCUGCAUCCCAUCCCACCCCAGUCCUUAUCUGUACCCCAUCCCCAUCUCUACACCAUCUCAUCCAAAUCUCUUCUCCGUCCCCAUCCAUACCCCAUCCCAUCCAUCUCAUCCCAUCCAUCCCAUCCGUCUCUACCCUGCCUCUACUCCAUCUCCACCCCACCCAAAUCCCUGCUCCAUCCCUACCCCAUCCUCAUCUCUACCCCAUCUCUACUCCAUCUCCAUCCUUACCUCUACCCCAUCCCCAUCUCUACACCAUCUCUAUUCCAUCCCAAUCCUUCUCUCUACCCCAUCCCCAUCUCUACUCCAUCCCAUCCAAAUCUUUACCCCAUCUCCAUCCCAAUCCUUAUCUCUACUCCAUCCCCAUCCCUACUCCAUCUCCAUCCCUAUUCCGCCCCACCUCUACUCCAUCUCCACCCAUCCCCAUCUCUACACCAUCUCUAUUCCAUCCCAAUCCUUAUCUCUACUCCAUCCCCAUCUCUACUCCAUCUCCGUCCCAUCCAAAUCCCUGCUCCAUCCCCACCCCACCUCAUUCCCAUCCUUAUCUCUAUCCCAUUUCUACUCCAUCGCCAUCUCCAUUCCAUCUCCAUCCCAUCCAAAUCCCUGCUCCAUCCCUAUUCCACCCUAUCUCUAUUCCAUUCCCAUCCCCAUUCUCAUCUCUUCCCCAUUCCCAUUUCUACACCAUCUCUAUUCCAUCCCAGUCUUUAUCUCUACUCCAUCCUUAUCUCUAUCCCACCCCCAUCUCUACUCCAUCUCUACUCCAUCCCAUUCGAAUUCCUGCUCCAUCCCCAUGCCCAUUCUUAUCUCUACCCCAUUUCUACUCCAUCCCCAUCCCAUCUGAAUCCCUCCCCCAUCCACAGAAUCACAGAAUGGCCAGGGUUGGAAGGCACCUCGAGGGUCAUGAAUCCCCAUCCCAGUCCCUACCUCAUCUCUACUCCAUCCCCAUCCCAUCCUCAUCCUUAUCUCUACUCCAUCCCCAUCCCAUCCCCAUCCUUAUCUCUACUCCAUCCCCAUCCCAUCCCAUCCCCAUCCUUAUCUCUACUCCAUCCCCAUCCCAUCCCAUCCCCAUCCUUAUCUCUACUCCAUCCCCAUCCCAUCCAACUCCCCACCCCACCCCCACCCCGUAACACAUCCCCAUUCAGCCCAGUAACCGGAGCCGGCUCAGGCUGUGCCUGAGGUGUCACCAUCAAUAAUUGAGCACAGAGCAGAGCCCGGCUGGGGACCUGGGGACACACUGAACACAACCAGAGGUGGGAACCACACCAGCAGCCCGAGACCCUCCUACGACUCCCAAAGUUUGGGGUGAGAGGAGGCAGGGCGCGCGGCGCAGGAUUCGGUGUCGUGGUUGUCGGGCGCAGGAGCCAGCAGGGCUGGCCAUGGUGUCUCCAGCCAUCGCUCUGGCCUUCCUCCCCUUCCUCAUCACCCUGCUGAUCCGUUACCGGCACUACCUGGUGCUGCUGUACCGCGCCGUGCUGCUGGCCUGGCUGCAGGACCGCCUCACCGGGGUGCCCCGCGAGCAGCGUGCCUUCCAGUACGUGCUGACCCACGCCAUCCCCGGGGACCCCCGGCACAUCCUGCACACCUUCGAUCAGUGGAGCUACCACUGCGAGCACCUCGGCUGCGUGGGACCCCUCAAAGGGAAGAUCGUGGAGAAGCUGCUGUGUGAGCGGGCGCCGCGCACCGUGCUGGAGUUGGGCACCUACUGCGGUUACGGCACCGUGCUGAUGGCCGCGGCGCUGCCGCCGGGCGCCCGGCUCUACACGGUGGAACCAAACCCCCACCACGCCUCCGUGGCCGAGAAGGUGAUCCGGCUGGCAGGCUUCGACGAGCAGACGGUGAGCGGCCGGCCGGCGGCGGGGUGCCAAGGCAGGGGGGGAGCUGAGGGUGUUUCUACGCAGGUAGAGCUGAUCGUGGGCCGUUCCGAGGAGGUGAUCCCGAGGCUGAGGGAGCAGCACAGCCUGCAGAGCAUCGAUUUCGUCUUCAUGGAUCACUGGAAGCGUUGCUACCUGAGGGAUCUGCAGCUGUUGGAGGAGCACGGGUUGCUGGCCGAUAGGGCAACGGUGCUGGCUGAUAACGUGGUCUUUCCAGGAGCCCCACACUUCCUGCAGUACGCCAAGACGUGCGGGAAGUAUCGCUGCAGGGUGCACCGUGCCAGCCUGGAGUACUGCCGUGCCAUCCCCGAUGGCGUUGCUGAGCUCUGCUACACCGGGGCCCGCUGAGCUGGAGCUGCCUGCUGGAAAU